AUGGACCGGAUUGAGAGAUUUCUGGGAAGAAGGCCCACGAAGAAGUGUCGCAAGGUCAAGUCUGGAGGAAAAGAGUUUUUAGUUACAAAGAAAGAUGUGAAGCUCAUAAGAAGCUACAGGAAGAAUGUAUGUAUGGAUCCAGAUGUCGAUUUGUAUAGGCCAUUGAAUCUAAGCUUUAGUAGAAAGACAAUGGAUGAGGGGAUAGAGACAAGAAGAAAGACUCCGGCGCCCCAGAGCAGAAGGUGGCCUAAAAGGAAAAUAAGGAACGGCAGGAGGAAGGUGAUCGAGGAGAGAAACAAGAAUGAGAUUGUUGACAUAUGGGAAGAAGAAGGCCUUGAGGAGCUAAAUGAUUAUGAGCAGGACAUGUUUGUGAAAGCAGGAGAGGCGUAUGCAGGCCCAGUUGAGCAUCUGGAGUAUAGGAGAGAGGAUCUAGAAGGAGAUCUAAGAAGGAUAUAUCUAAGGCUUUAUGAGCCAAGGGAAGGGAAGAGCUACAAGCUGAGAGAUCUGAUUAAGGAUUUGCCCAGAGCAGAAACUCUAAAGCCGUUCCCGGAGGAGAUUGGUCUGUCCUUUAGGUUUGAAAAGCUUGGAGCGGUUGGGAUCAGUCAGGAUUUCAAGAAGUUUGGGGUAGGAGAAGAAAACAAGCUGUGUGUUUAUGAAUUUAAGGGUUUUGUGAAGGUGAAACACGUUAUUUUUGACUCUGAGAUCCGUAAGAUUAUGUUUACAAAGGGGGAGACCAUAUGCAUAUUACUGGCGAACAAUACCAUAUGCAUUGUGAACGAUACCUUUGCAGAAGGGUUUUCUGAUGGGCAGAGAUCCUUUCUUCGCAAGGAGUUUGUAAUGUGGAGCAGGAAAGAAACUGAAGAAGGGGUGAAAAGCAGCAGUUGCAUGUGCACUGUGAUAAAGACAGAUGGAAAGAUAAAUGAUGUAGAAGCACAUUGUGAUGGAAGAUAUAUAAGUGUGGUCUAUGGAAAGAAGGUUAUGGUUUAUGACCUUAAGGAAAAAAAGGAAUUGGAAGUCCUAAGGGUUCGGGGUACAGUGCCUCUUAAGGCAAGGUUUCACAGGUCUCUGGACACAAUGGUUAUUUCUACAGCAAGCUCGUUGAUAGUUUAUGACCUUGUAUCUAGAAAGAUAGCAAGAGAAGCAAAGGAAUUUUCGUUUGUCCUUGACUUCUUUAGUAUUUCAGACAACAUAGUUGUAUUAGUGAAUAACCUGAAGAAAAUAAUUCUGUAUGAUUGGGCCAAUAACGUUGUAAAAAGAACCAUGCUUCAGGAGGAUGUGGGAAUGGAAGUGAUCCAGCAUAGAAGAUUUAAUCUUAUGUGUGUUGCGUACCCUAUGGAGAUGAUUGUUUUCUACAAUGACGUGGGUAACGACCUGGUUGUCCCCGUCAAAAGGAUUCCAGGAAGAUAUAGAAACAUCCUGUUCCAUCCCCACCUCCCUUGGGUAUAUGGGGCUAACGGAAAUAAGGUGUGUGUGUUUACAUGA